AUGGCAGCUGAGAACCAAAGUACAGUCAUAGAAUUCAUUCUUCUCGGACUUACAGACAAUCCCAACAUGCAACCUUGGCUGUUCCAGUUAUUCUCGCUUGUGUACAUGACCACGCUGGCUGGGAACAUUCUCCUUAUAGCGGCCGUAAGAACAGACAGCCAUUUACACAACCCUAUGUAUUUGUUUCUUACUAACUUGUCCUUCUUGGACAUCUGUUAUACAUCAAUCAUUGUACCCAAGAUGCUACUAAACAUUGUUUUAUCAGCAAGAACUAUUUCGUAUACUGGAUGCAUUCUUCAAGUUUACUUCUUUCUUCUUUUUAUGGCUGAGACAGAGUGCAUACUAUUGGCUUUCAUGGCCUAUGACCGAUUUGUGGCUAUCUGCAAUCCCCUGCAUUACAAUGUUAUUAUGAAUACGGUCUCCUGUACCAGGAUGAUUGGCUUUUCUUGGAUGGCUGGUGGUAGCAUAGCCUCCUUUGAUAUAUAUUUUAUAUGCCAUUUAAGAUUUUGUGGGCAUAUAACCAUUAACCACUUCUUUUGUGAAGCUCCAUCCCUUCUUCAGCUGUCUUGUGGAGAUAUUUCAGUGGACAACAUUGUAACUUUGGUUGGUGGGUCCAUAUUGCUUCUAAUUCCCUUGUGCUUCAUCCUCUUUUCAUAUAUACAUAUUUUCUUAAUCAUUGUGAAACUUUCUUCUGGGCGAUACAAAGCCUUCUCUACGUGCAUAGCCCAUCUUAUUGUGGUGGCCAUCUUUUUUGGAACGGCCAUAUUCAUGUACAUGAGACCGAGAUAUUCAGAUACCAAAGUGACAGACAAGAUAGUGUCUGUGUUCUAUUCAAUUGUUACACCAAUGUUAAACCCUUUAAUCUACAGCCUAAGAAAUAAAGAUGUUCAAAAGGCUAUUGGACAUUUUGGAAGGUGUACAGUUUUGCUAAGAUGA